AGAGAGACAGAGAGAGAGAGAAUGAGAGAGAAAAAGGAGGUUGUAGAGGAGGUCUAGGCCCAGGUUGUGGGUUCUUUGUGGAAUGGAGGAAUGUAUCAGGCAGUGAGUAAACACUGCAGGUAGAACGCACACACACACACACACACACUCUCUACAAUGCAGCACCACCACGACUGAACCUCACGGAACCACUCAGGAACAACUUUAAAGCAAGUUUACAUCUGCAGCACCAGACGCACAAAAGAUUCCUACAUCCAGUCCGCAGCAGUGUUGGCUCCACAGCACCCAGUUCCAUGGCUCUCCACACAUCCACCCUGGUCUUGGUCCUGGUCCUGAUCAUGCCUGCCCAGGCCUCCACUGAUGUGGACACGGACUAUGGAGGCGUCCCCCUGUGGAUAAACCGUUUCCUAGGGGAGCCCAGUGUCCUGACCCUGCGUGGCCGGAUGGACCCGUCAUGGUACCGGGCAAACAACCCCCAGGCCUGUCCUGAGCCAUGUGACUGUCCCAUCCAGUGGCCCACAGCCCUGUACUGUGACCACAGAACACUGGGAGCCAUACCAGACAACCUGCCAGCCAGGACUGAAUACCUCUUCCUACAGGACAACAACAUCUCAUCCCUGUCAUCCUCUUCUUUUACCAAUGGCACCAGCCUGCGUUGGCUUAUACUGGACCACAACCAGCUGCAGAGCAACAGAGUGGACCACACUGCUCUCCAGAACCUGACCAGGCUGCACUUUCUUUUUGCCAACCACAACCAUCUGACCACGGUACCAGAAAACCUGCCAGCCGGACUCCGGCAGCUCAGAUUGGCCUACAACCACAUUACCAGCAUCACCCCAGGAACCUUCCAGAAUCUAGAGCACCUCACUCUACUGUUGCUGCAGGGGAACAGAUUCAGCACCAUCACAGAGGAUGACUUCAAAGGUCUGGUGCAUCUGAACCUGUUGGAUUUGAGCGGGAACCUGUUCCCCACCGUCCCCCGCCACCUCCCUCCCUCCUUGCAGCAGCUCUACCUGUCGAACAACUCCCUGUCUGGGCUGGAAGAGGACUGUCUGGUGGGCUUCAGCGGGCUCAGAUACCUGCGUCUGAGUCACUGCGGUCUGCAGAGCCCCAGCAUCCACCCCCUGGCCUUCAACCUGUCCUCCCUGGUGGAGCUAGACCUCUCCUACAAUAAGCUCAGCCUCACCCCCACUGUCCCCACAACCCUGCAGUACCUCUACCUGGAGGCCAACCAAAUAUACCAGUUCAGCGUGAGCAGCUUCUGCCAGGAUGUGGGUCCUCUGUCCUACUCUAGAAUGAAGAUCCUACGACUUGAUGGCAACAAGAUGACCUACCACCAACUGCCUGCUGACUGGGUCUACUGUCUACGGGUGCUCCAUCACAUAUACAUAUGAGGCUGCCUCCUGACCCCCACUAACCCCUCCUGAACCGUCCUGACCCCUCCUGACCCCUCCUGACCCCCACUAACCCCUCCUGACCCCCACUAACCCCUCCUGACCCCUACUGACCCCUCCUGACCCCCACUAACCCCUCCUGACCCCUACUGACCCCUCCUGACUCAUCACAGUAGGAUCACAAGAGCUCAGUAUGACAAGCUAUAAAUCCAACCCUCUCUCACCUCCCGUCAUAUAGUCCUACUUCAGUACCUGGACAAUCCAGAACGUAGUCCACAGUGUACACUGAGUGCUGUACAGGUCAGCUUCUACGGAGUAGCAAGAGCAACAGAUGCUCACAACCCACCCACACAAACACAAGUGGCAAACAUACAUAUGAAUGUGCAGAUUGUAUUUGAGCAUAAGCACUUCAUUUUUAUCUUUGUGAAGCCUACCUAUGAUUUGUUCUUUUGAGGCAAGUUUCUGUAUCUUACUGUUUUGUAUAACAAUAAACCCAAUAAACAUCCAAAAUCCCUA